AUGCGCUCAUCCCAGCUACGCUACAACGCCGCCCAAUCCGGCCGGGCCAACGCGGCCAUGCACGCGUCAGGCACAGGUGGCCGUUUGACGACGAUGGGCGUGGGUAUGGCCACCGUCGCAGUGGGCCUUGGCGCCUUCUUCUACAUGCAGAUGGCGAAAGUGAGCCACGACCCCAACACGAUGCCAACAUGGCAAUACCGCCACGCACUCCAAGCGCCUGAACACAUGUCGAGGACCAGUUCUCCGGGAGGCACGCAGACGAGCGUCCGUAACUCGAAGGAGCCGACGCAGUAUCUGCCUACCAACCCCGUGGGCACCACAAGCAAACACUCUGGCGGGCAAUCGGGCAGCGGCCUCGUUCAGACGAGCGCCCCCGCGGACACUGGCAAACCCCGUGGGAGUGCCGGUGCGUACGAGGAUGGAAACGAGGAGCCCUCCACUGGCAAGGGGUCUCAGGUCGGGAGCGGCCAGAACGGGUCGAACAACAUUGGGCGGAACGAUAGAGGCAUUGUGAGCAGCGUACUCACCAAGCUUCACGGCGAUCCGAAGCAAGAAGACCAGAGUAGAUACCAGGGGCAGCCGGCCCAGAGCACUAGGUUGAAUGAUCGUGGCGGGCAGUACACCAAGAACUCAGACUUCAAGGAUAGCUAUCGUCGCGAUUAG